CAUCCUCGUCUAAACCUGAUUUCGCUAAUUUCAUUUUUCCUCACGUUUUGCUUUACUUCACUUUCAGUAAAAACAGUUGCUAAACCAGAGAAAAUCUCCACUUUUGAAGAUGAGCCCACUGCAUCCUCACCGUUAACGCAAGAAAAGUGGGAAGGCUGGGAGCCUUUGGAUAUGUCAGAGUACGAAGCAAGCGUAGAGUCAGUACAUAGCGUAGUGAGAGAUUUCCAACACCAGAUGUCCAGCUAUCCUAGAAACUCCAUCUUAUAUUCGCCCUCCGACAACUCAAGCUCCAUACAAACUACUUUUCUGGAGGAGGAGUUCCAUGCUUCUAGACGCGAGUCCAGUUCCAGCGUUGAAGAUUCCGGCAAGCCCAAAGAAAAGCCAUUCAAAUGCAGCUGCUGUGUGAUGUCAUUCACGCGCCCCAGCGAUCUUCAACGUCAUUUGCUGAUCCAUAACAACAACAAGCCAUACAAAUGCGAAGAGUGUGACCGUGAAUUCACGUGGUUUGGAAACUUUCAGAAGCACGUGCUGUCGCACAUGGGGGGCAAUUCCAGAACGCCUGGGACUUUGCCCUUUUCAGCCAUGUUCACGUUCCUGGCACGUGAACAAGUUAAGGAGCUUUUCAUCAAAGAUGGGGACAAGUAUAAGUGUCGCUUGUGUGCAAAGGAUUUUACUCGGCUCAGCGGCUUGAAAACGCACAUUCGCAUGCAUACAGGAGAGAGGCCUUACGUCUGUGAAGUCUGCUCGUUUGCUUUUACUACGUCACGUGCUCUCAAGAUGCACGUGCGCCUACAUACUGGCGAGAAACCAUACAAGUGCGGGGAAUGUGGGCGCGCUUUCACCAGAAGGGAUGAGAUGCAUACCCAUAUGUACAUUCAUAAAGGUAAGCUUACUCAUGCCGAGUACUCUGUUCUCGGUGGGACGCACUGAUAUAAAUCUUCUUUUUUUCCUUUUUACGUGGUACCACGAAUUUUUCUUUCUUUUCCUUUUGUUUUGUUCAAAACCGAAGAGAAGAGGCAAAGAAACGUAACAAAAGUUAUUCUUAAGGUCUAAUACCCUCUCGAAACAGCCACAUCAGAAUUAGCCAAAUAUAAAAAGCAAUGAAAAUCAACAAGCACUGCAUGCAUUGUUAAGUUGCUGGGAAGGUAAGGCGCUUAUUUGAUGGCGGCAAUUUUCGAGUGAAUAUGUUAUUUUAUGUUAUCGCAUCCUCUUUUGAACACAGUUAUUUCAAUUAGAUCACUUUAUAAAAAAGGUACAGGAUAUCGGUUAUAGGCGAUAGAAUUUUUAAGGUUUGCUAACUUUUUUUGUUAUCUGAUAUUAACUUGCUAAUUCAUUACCAACAGGAGAGAAGCCAUUUAAAUGUGACAUCUGUUCAGCAUCUUUUAUCCGCUAUGGUCAUCUACAACGUCACUUGCUGAUUCACAGUGAUGAUAAACCUUACAAAUGCAAGGUCUGUCCUAAGUCCUUUACCCAGUACCGCAACCUACAGACCCACAUGUACAAGCAUACUGGGGAAAGGCCCUAUCGUUGCAGGUACGUAUAGUAACAGCUUAACCCGGGGGAAAGGGGGAACUCUCUCUCAUAAGCCUAACCUGAUAUGUGCUAGGGAAGAUAGUAGAGAGCUUAAGCAAAGACGGAGCGACGGCAACAUAAACGGCAAAAAAGCAAUGGGUUUAUUGAGCAAAACAACAACUUUGCACUUGCACCACGCUUUUUUGUUCAUUUCUUUGUCGUUGUUGCACGAGUUCAACGUGAAACUACGUAGUUUCACGUCUUAUGGAGACUGACGUGAACACAAGACAACAAUUUUCUUUUUUUUCUGAACUUAGAUACAGUCAUGAUUUAGAGAUAAUUCCAACAUUUGACAAAUCAUGUGAAUGAAUUAGGAUAAGAUUAAACAAGUUUGAAACAGUACGAAUUCACUUUUAAAGUGACGUUUUAGAUGGCGUUGCCAUCGUGGUUACUUAAGCUUCCUAGUAUGGUUUUCAGUACUCAAGUGGUAACUAAACACUUGAACGUGAAAACGAGGCUUACUUCUCGGCCCCAGGGGGGUGGGAGACACUCCCCUAUUCGGCUACUGCAAGAACCGGGUAUGAUUUUCAGGGUCUCGAGUCUUUAACAGGUUACUAAUCGGUCACCUGGCAGGGUAAUAUACAAUUUCACUUUUCGCGUUUUGAACAGGGUGUUCUAUUGUUGGUUUUCACAUGACGUCACUAAAAUUCAACCUGAAAAACUAUCGAUCCUACCGAGAUUUUACUGUCACGAUGUAUUAGAGCAGCUGAAAACUAAUUUUCAUACAAAUUUUUGCUUCAAAAGGGUUUUUGGUUUUGUGAUAGAGUACGCUUGAACUUCUAAACUUUUGCGUGACGCGGCAUUUACAUGACAGCCAAGAGAGCUGUCAUGUAGGUGAAAAAAAUUACUUAUUUCAGGAAAUUUUGCUGUCUAAACAUUUCGUGUAUUAGAAAAAGUAUUACUCUAAUGUUAAUGAGUUUCUCGAGGAAUAAAUUCACGCUUUUGUAGCAAAACUCGGCAACAGAUGUUUCUGUUGGUUUCCGUCCGCCAUGUUGGAGCUCAUCCAGGUGAGCACCAGCAUGGCGUCUCCGUACAAAUCUUUAUAAGUUUGGGUGGAACAUUUCUUCAGAUAUCUCGUAUACGAAAUAUUCCUCUGACCUGAAUUUUGGCGAGGGUCUUUGUAGAUGUACCUGCUUUCAUUUCCCAGAUUCUGGACUUUAUCUAUUGAACGGUUUUGAUUUUUAUUUUGAUCUAUUCUGAAUGGCGUGACACUGAAAACCAGCAUGACCAGAAACUGGGCCGAGUUGACUUCUGGGACUGUUACUAUGGACAGAGGGAAAAAUGGCCAAUAGCUGACCGGUGCUUUCCCAGUAGCCUGUGUAGCAGACGCUUGGAAGUAGUGGGCACAAGAAAAAACGGGCGCGCGAGAAGGAGGCACGCGAGGGGAGAGGUCUCACGUGUCUCCCUCGCGUGUGCCCGUUCUCUCUUUCGCCCACUAUUUCCAAUCGCCUGGAAGCGUGAUUGGAGGUUGGUGAUUAGCGGUGUACAUGGCACAAUUAUAUAAUUCGCUUUUUCGUCAACUGACUUUCCAGUGAAAACAAAUUUAACUAACAGAGAAAUCCUUACAAAGGAAUUUAGCCUUUGUCUAACUUUUGUAAUUCUUAUCACAGUUUGAAAUCUUGUAGUAAAGAACUAAAACAUCCUUUCGAGAUAUGGGUAAAUUUCAUUUCAAAAACUAUCCAUUCUCAACAUGCAAAUAAAAAGCAUUUCCUUGUGGGAAAAGCGUGCUGCAUCAAAAGAAGUCAAAUGAAAUCAAUUAGAUACAUUCAUUCCUUUAUUUUCCUUCCCUCCUUUAUUCCAUUCUCUUUCCAUUCACUUAGGUAUUGUCCCAAAGGUUUCACCCAAUAUGGAACUCUUCAGGCGCACGAAAGGACACACACCGGAGAAAAGCCAUUUCAGUGCCAGUUCUGUGACAAGGCCUUCAUUACGUCAUCGCAUCUUAGAUGGCACAUCAAGACUCAACAUAAUACCAAGAAAGAAUAG